AUGGAGGAGCUUAACGUACCGCCAUUAUCCGAAUAUCACGUUGAUGAUCACAACUUUGAAGACAGUGCGGUUAAGAAAAUGGAACUAAUGGUGCUGGAUGCACUGGGAUGGAUGGGUCCAACCAUCCCUUUUGAUUAUCUCCUCUAUUUUGCUAUCAAGUUCUGUGGUGAUUCUGGACGAAAAGAAUUGAUCUCCAAAGCUACUGAACUCAUUAUGGCUCUAGCAAAAGAGAUUAAUUUGACGGAACAUCAACCAUCGAUUAUUGCUGCAGCAGCUGUCCUAGCAGCUUGUGAAGAUCAAUUGACAAAAGCAUCAAUGGAGUCGAAGAUUAGUGUAAUUACAUCUUGGGGUCCUCCAGAAAAAGAGCAUGUAUUUUCCUGUUAUGGCCUUAUGCUAAAAAUGCCAGUGGGAAAAUCUAAUACUGGUAAGUCAGACAUCUCUCCAAAUUUGUCGUCAACUCCUCCAAUUCGUGAGAAUUCUCCAAUCACCUCGGGCAUUGGCACUAGUAGAAGGAGAUUGAGACACAAUACCUUUGAUCAACAUUGUCCUGUACAGAGGGUGAUAUAA